GACAGUAUAUUCGAAAAUAAUACAACGUUGCUGCUUAGCAAAAAUUGCAGUUCAAACAUUACUAUUUUGCUAAGGUAUACUUUGAAUGAACCAUUUGUACACGUAUUCUGUCAAACGUCACGUCAAUAUUUUAAAAUGUCUUCUGAGACUUCGAAAGAGGUGACAGUCAAUAAAUGGGAUGUUGGUGCGCUAAAAAUAGCACUUGAUGAUGCAGCUAAAGAGUUAUUCAUGAAAAAGCAUGGUUUACUCGAGACACACAAACUUUUCGAUGGACGACUAAUAUUAUGUACGAUAUCUGUCCUAAUAGCUGGCUUCGGAGUCUUAUUCGAUUACUUGUACCCACAUCCUCAUUCUCGAGUAGUACUAAUAGUCUGUGUUACACUUUACUUCUUCAUGUCUGCUAUAAUUACGCUGUAUGUAAUGUAUAUUGAGAAGAAUGUCUUCUUUACUGGACUCAAAGAAGAUAAGACGGGAUUAGAUCCAGCCGACUCAUGGACAGUAUGCUCAUAUAUGAACAAAUAUGAUCCUAUAUAUCAUAUAAGCUUAACGGUAUGUGACGGUAUUACCAAGAAAAUCAAAACGCUUUCCGUCAAAAAGUCCGCAGCGGAGUUCUUCAACAUAAAAGGCGAACUACAAAGAAGUAUAUAUGAUGGGUUUUUGCAGAACUUGGUAUCUGACUUGUAUAGUGAAAAGAAAAGUAAUUAAUCAAUAGAAUCUCUGUUAACUAUUUGUAUAAUUACAUUUUUUUCACUGUUGUGUUCAAAGUCAGAUUUAUGUGCUGUAAAAACCACACGUUCAUACUCUUUCUUACAGUUUUGUGUAUUUUAACAUAAUUUAACACGAGCAUUCAUAGUACUUCGUUGACUUUAGGCGCUUUUUAUGUUGAAUAUGUAAACUUAGUCUAUGAAUCGAUCACAAUGGCGUCGGUGUAUACACUCUGUCUUCCCUUAAACUAAGAGAUUGAAAUCGCUUCAUAAUUUUCUUUCUUGAACUAAUUCUUUCUGUACUAUAUCCUUAUAUGCAAUCUUUCUUUUAUAUAUUACCACCUCUGAAUUAACUACUUUUAUGAACCCGGCGUCCAUUUUGUUGUGUUAAUGAGGUAUGGCAACUUGGACCGAUGCAUAUAUGUGCCUGGCCCUACGUUGUGGCUGACUGACUGACUAUUAAAUUAACGAAUGUUGGUUUGAGUCGUGUAAGAGAAAGGUAGAUGGCUGUUGUGCGUGAUUCGUUACAAGUCAUUAAUUGGAUGCUGCAAAAUGUUGAGCAGUGGUCUGUACACCCACUCUUCAUGUUGUUCCGAACCUAUUUGCCUUUCUUAGUCUAUGUCAAUUAUGUAUCUUUCGGAUUGUAUUUUUAUGUUGAGAUAUGUAGCAGCAUAAACUGAUGCAUUUUUGGCGGUCUACUCCAAUA